AUGAAUCUAGUGACAAAAAUGGGUCCACUGCUCAUGGCGACCUUAUCUCUUCUGAUCUCCGUGGAGGCUCUGACAUGUUCCCAGUGCACUGUGUUCAAUACUGAGCGCAUAUGUUUGUACCAGCAAGGUUCUUGUGAGACCAACAAUAACCAAAUGUGUGCCCUUUGGACAGCUUCUUCAGGUGGCAGGAUCCUGUAUGGGUUCCAGGAAUGUUCUCACAUGUGCCUGAAUCAAACCUUCUUUUUGGGGAAGAUGACUCUGGAAAUGAAAUGUUGCCAGGACAAAUCAUUCUGUAAUAAAUUUUAG